AUGCGCACAGCGCCGGCGGAAGCGGCGGGACCGGCAGCGCUGGCGGCGGAGCAGCAGCAGCAGCAGCGGGGGAGCGGCGGCGGCGCCCGGGUGGGUCUCGCCGGCAAGUCCACGCUGGGCCGCGCCCUGAGCCGCCGGCUGCCGCAGCGGCGCGGCUGGGCCUGCGCACUGCUCGCCUACGACGAGCUCAUCCCGCCCGAGGCCUUCCGCCCGCGCGCGCCGGGGGCGGGCCCGCAGGAGCCGUCCCCAUUGCUGCCCGGCUGGAAGCGGAGCCGCCGCCAGCUGCUGCAGUGCCUGGAGGGGUUCCUGCGGGCGCUCCUCGCCGGGGCGGCGCUGCCCGGGCCCGCGCAGCCCGGCUGGCCGCGCUUCCUGCGCUGCCUCCGCCGGCAGCGGCUGCUGCCCGCCGCCGAGGGCGGCACCGGGGCCGCCUCCCCGCCGCUCGUCCUCCUGCUGGAUGACAACUUCUACUACCAGAGCAUGCGCUACGAGCUGUACCAGCUGGCCCGCAAAUAUUCCUUGGGCUUCUGCCAGUUGUUUUUAGAGUGUCCAGUGGAAUGCUGCCUGCAGAGGAAUCGCCUCAGGAGUGAUCCUGUGCCUGAGCACACCAUACAGUUAAUGGCAAGGAAAAUAGAAAUGCCAGAUCCCAGGAAGAACCCCUGGGAGCAGCACAGCCUCAUUCUGAGCAGCUCUGAUGGCAUCUCAGAGGAUGAGUAUGUUACUGUUGAUCCUUUGGUUUUCCCUAAGUGCUGUUUUCAGGGGUAGAAGCUUCUCAUUGUAUCUGCACAGAGUGUAAAAAGUAUUGCCAGUGGUGAUUUUUGGAAGCCAGGCAGUUACACAGAAUCCAGGCUUGUUGGGAGCUCACAGCCACCAUCCUCUGCAGGGUUAACCCCAAAACUCACAGCAUUCCUGCCCUGUCACUGAUGAUCUGUGCAAGUGUCUGAAAUGCUAAGGUUGAGUUGUCAUAACUUGAGUUGUAACUGUUUUUAAUUUCAGAUUAUUUCACUGAUUACCUUAAAAAAUUA